AUGGAAGGCAAUAUUUCUCCAAAUCUUCAAAAGUGGAUAAAAAAGUGUUUAAAAAAAGAAUUUGAAAUAAAUGUGCAAAAAUCAUUGAAAGAAGAUAUAGAUAAUGUUAAUAUAGCACAAAAAAUUAUUCAUUCAAAAGAAAUGUCCACUUUAGUGAAUUCGAUGAGAACUACAAUUAUUGAACAAUCUGCUUCAAAAUCUGCAUUAACUCUAAUUUCCGAUUCUCGACCUCAAUCAUCCUUUUCAUGUAUCAGUGAUCAAACAAGUGAAGAUUGGAAUUCUCCAUUAAAUAAUGAUGAGUGUUACAGUAUUAUUCUUGAUAAAAUUAAUCAAAAUAAACCUGCUCAUGUUAGAUUGGCUGGUUAUGAAAUUUUAUUAAAAAGUGAAUUAUCAAAUUUAAAUAAUAAUCCGAUAUGGGAUUCAAUUCAAAAAGCUUUAUUAGAUGGUCUUAUAGACGAAAGUAGACCUAUUUUUGAAGCUAGUUUACAAGUACAUGCAAAAUUACUAACUUGUUUUCAAUCGCACGAUGUAUAUAUUAAUUUAUUGAAUGCAUUUGAUGCUCAAUAUCAUUCACAAAAAACAUUUGAGAUAUUACCUACAUUAAUUUCUGGAAUUAAUUUUAAAUUCUUUUUGCAUGAAAGAGUAUUUCGAGUUAUACAUCUAAUAAUUCGUUAUCAUGAAGAAAAAUUAAAAAGUGCAAGAAACCCUGAUAAAACUAUAGAAGAACUAAUAGAAAAAUUUAUUAUAUUUUUGAGUGUACAUGAAUUUGGAAAUGCCACGCAAUCAAAGAUAUUAAAUGUACUAAAUAUUAUUUCUGUGUUAGAACCACAUGCUGGUUGGAGCAAAAAAUGGAUAGUUAGUCUUGCUACUAGAAAAAUGUUUUUAACUGCCUUAGGAAAAUCACCAAGUUUAGUACAACAAAUAAUGAAAUGUGUAUAUAAAGGAUUGGAAGAGCUUCCCCAUUCUAUAGCAAUUUCUAUUGAUGAUGAUCCAAUGGAAGUUAUCAUUAAUGGAAAUACAAUAGAAACAGUAACUUAUCUUCAUUGUUUAUGUUUUAUAUCACAGCUUUGUGCUUAUGAAGCAGGACGUCAACUUUUGACAGAAAAUGUACUUGAUAUUCCAUUUUCAGUUUCUGAAUUCUUAACUGCUUGUUUGAAAGCUUUAAAUAAAUUAUCUAUAGAAACAUUAAGUGGUGUAUAUGAUGUUUCUUGUUACGCUCUACAGUUUAUUUUAGAUAAACCAGCUAUAUUGUACAACCAUGAGUUUUAUCAUAUUGCAUUAUGUCAUUUAGCAUCUGUUUCUGAAAAUAACAUUAAUAUAUGGCCACAUACGUUAAAUAUUAUCCUACAUAUGUUAGAUACAACAGAUGGUUCCCAAUUUCUUAUCUCAGAAUGCAAAGAACAUACAGUAAACUUUGAAAAUAGAGUAUCAAAAUGUCCAGCUAUGUUUAUUAUAGUAAUAGCAUCAAAUAUCUUAAGGCAACCUUUUUCUUUAAUGAAUAUAGAAUAUCUUCUUAAGUUAUUUGAAGUAAUACAAAAAUUAUUUGAUAUAUUUGAUGCAUAUGAAAUAAUACAAUAUAAAAUAGAAAAUGAAUUUUAUCCUGCUGUAUCAUAUUUUUAUAAGAAAUUAAAUAAAUCUUAUUUUGAAAAUGAAAAUAAAAUUCAACAAAUAAAUAGUGCAGUUAAUAUAUUAUUGCUAAAAAUGGUAUCUAUACCAUUUGGAUUGAAAGCUCUUGUUCAAGAGCCAUCUGUAUUUCAAGAAUUAAUUGAGGGAUCUAUUGCACCUUUAAGAAUGUCAUGGACAUCGAUUGAAAUUGUUAAUUUUGUAUCCUCUGCUGCUUUUUUUCGUUUAGGAUAUAAUGUAAUUGCAAAUCUUGCACCUCACGUUUUGUCUACCUUACUCUCAGAAACAUGUAAAAUAUUAGAAGAUCCAUAUUAUUUUUAUGAUCCAUGGGAUCAUGAAAAUAUUCAAAAAUUUUUGCAUAUAUUAACAAUUUUUUCUGUUUUUGUGCAUUUAUGUCCAAUACAAAAGGAUUAUACGUUAGGACUUUUAUCAUUAAAUAUUGUAAUUUGGAAUUUAAAUAUUUGUUUAUAUUUAUUAGAAUUACUGAAUUUUCAGAACAUUUUAUUAGACCUUCAAAAUUUUAAUACAGAAGUUACAAAUGAAGAAAUAAGUGCAAAAUAUAUUGAUGAUUAUACUUUAAUACGACAUAAAAUUAUAUCUAAAACGUAUUUUGUUAAAUGUAAAGAUAAAGAAGAAACUUCCAAAUCACAAGAAUAUAAUUUACCAAAAUUACCUCCACUAAAAUCAAACAAAGAAAAUUCUUCCUUGGAAACUGAAUAUGACACACAAUUAGAAAAUUUACUCCAAGAAAAUAAACCUGGAUUGUUAGAUAGUAAUUGGGUUGAACAAAUUAGAGAAGCAUAUAUAGCAUCAUCAAAUCCAAUAAAAAACACAGUAUUAAUUCAACUGGUGGAUCAAAUGCAAAAAGCAAUUCCUACUGCAGAAUGGGGAGAAAACUUUCAAUGGAAGGAAAAUAUAUCAUCGAAUACAGAUUUUUGGUUUGCAGAAGAAAUACAUGGAAUUAAUUUAGUUUUGUACUAUGCAGAACAAAAAAAAUUACAAGAAUUUAUAAAUGCAUGUUAUGCAUUUAUACAAUAUGAAAGACCAACAAAAUUUGAUGGAUUUGAUUGGUUCUUAUCAACUGUAUUUAUUAUUUGUAAAGGAGAUGUAGACAGAUGCAAAACAUUUAUUACCCAGUUAAUUCAGUUCCCAGUAACUCCGUUUUUGUGGUUUAAUUUGGGGAAAGUUAUAGAUAAGCAUACCAAGGAAGAAUGUGCUAUGCAAUAUACAUUUAUGCAACUUGUGGAAAAUAUUGUUAGUAAUGAACUUCCACAUUUAAAAUUUGCACUUAAGAAUACUUCUGGAAUGAAUUGGUCUUUAAUAUGUAAUUUAAUGGUAUCUCAAUGUUUUUGGGGACUACUUCCAUGGACUCAAAUUAUGCAUUUUUUUGCAAUUUGUGUUUUAUUUUCACCUGAUUAUAUAAUAUACUAUUGUGUAUCACUUUUAUACCAUAAUCAACUUGCAAUAAUGGAAAAUAUAACAAAUGAGAAAAUGUGGCCUGAUCAUAUGAUUUUAGAUGAUUAUCAGUGUCAUAAUUAUAUCAAAUUUAUGGAUUCAUUAGAUAAAAGAUAUGGAAACAAAAUUUUACCCAAAUUUUUGGUCAAAGGAUUUAAUUAG